UUGGCACCUUUUCUCCCACACGCAAAUAUCUGCCCUCUGUCCUCUCUCUCUCUCUCUCUCUCUCAUUCUUCACCUGUUCACCAUAUCCUUCCCCCACACCCACCACCACUCGUCGCCUCCGUCCUCCGCCAUGGGCCUACCGCCUCAUCGCCGUCUUCUCCGUUGCAACCACCACCACCACCACCAACACAGCAACCGCCUGCCAACAACCUUCACGGCGUUCACUUUUCUCUUAUUCUCCUCUGCUUCUGCCCUAACCCUCCCUCCACUUCCAAGUAGGGGAGGUUUCAAGCAGCCCUACUUUCAGAGGGAGGAGAUUAAUGGGUCGUGGACGGCGGCAACGGUAGCGGCGGCUGAUCAGAAGAGAAACGGCGGGCCAGGGUCGUUUCCGCCGUCGUGUAGAUCCAAGUGCGGCUGGUGCGCGCCGUGUGAACCGGUUCACGUGCCGAUCCAUCCCGGUCUGAGCAAGCCGCUCGAGUACUAUCCAGAAGCUUGGCGUUGCAAAUGCGGGAACAAGCUCUUCAUGCCUUAAUAUUUAGAUCUGAUGAAUUUAACAAACCUCCGGAAUCUCAAGAACAGAACAAGAACAAGUCAAAUUAUUAUUAUUCUUAUUACUGUUGUAUGUUGCAGAAAAUUCAAACAAUUCUGCAUUUUGGUCUCCCAAACAUGAUCUUAUCGUAUCUGAUAUAUUUCGAUCUUGACACAGCGACGACGAGACACUAGAAGAAGUAGAUGUGAAUUAUGUUAUUGCCAUUUUGUCACUGUCUCGUAUGUGAAUCAGUGAAAGUUGGUAAUUGAUUGUGUAUUAUUAGUUGAUUACUAGGUUUAUUUUAGAGUAUUGAUCUUUUUGGUUCUCUGUGAGAAGGCACGACAGAAGGAAACGUUGGGAAUGUAAGAUUCUGAUGAGUGAGAUUAUCGAGAGGGAUAUCUUAAACAACCCUUUUUCAC